CCAUCCUACGACGGAAAAAAUCGAAAAAGAAAAAACGCCGCCAUAUGAACUUCAGUCGGAGAACUUGUGACAGGUUAACCCGCUGUUUUAUUCUUCAGCCGUUGGGGUCAACCGAGAGCGGAUCCCAUGACUAAGGGGGGUCCUUAGUCACUUGACUAAGCCCCUCCUAGCCAUUAGAUCUGGACACUUUAAUCCAAUGGUUAAAAAGUGGGAAUGGCUAUUUAAUUAAUGACAGGGGUAGUUUGGGUAUUAUGGAAAAUUACGAAGUAUACAAACCGAAUUUACAAUCAGUACAAACCAUACAAACAUACGAACAGUACAAACUAGAGCGACAAAACAUACAAACAGAAUUACAAAUAUUACAAACGUAUGAACUGUACAAACAAUACAAACCAUACAAAAAGAAAAAAACAACCGGGUUGACUUUGGAGGCUCCAUCCCUAUAUAGAGGGGCUCCUUCCCAAAGUCAACCCGGGUGUUUUUUAGACAUACAAGCAGUACGAACAUUGUGGACAAAAAUGACAAACUAGACCGACAAUCCAUACGAACUGGAAAAAACACCCGGGUUGACUUUUGAGGCUCUAUCCCUAUAUAGAAAAGUUCCAUCCAAAAGUCAACCAGGUUGUUUUUUAGACAUAAAAAACAUUACAAACAUGGUGCACAAAAAUAACAAAGUUUACAAAUAUUACAAAAUAACAAAGCGUACAAACAUUACAAAAUAUGUCAACAAACAUCACAAAGCAUCGUCGCCGGAAAAAUUUUCUCCAUCGAUGAUGGUCGCCGGAAAAAAAUUUCCCGACCAGAAAAUCUCUCUCUCUGCCACACCAAAAAUGGUGGCCGGCGGGAAUUUUCCCAAAAACGGACCGACGGCGGGAGGGACAUCUCUCUCUCUGGAAUAAUAAAUGGCGCACAGCAGGUAAUAAAUGGCGCACAACAGGAACCCUUAAAAUAAUGGCGCACAUGAUCAGAGGCGGAUGAGAGGCGAUUCGACGCAAAGGGUCGGGGACGGAAAUGGGUUGGGUUAAUUUUUUUUAUAAUUAAAAGUUAAAAAUAAACAUGCAAUUAUUAUACUGCCCUUCAUUAAAUUGAAUUAAUAGGAGCCCUUAAAUUUUAAUAAGGUACAACUAUACCCGUCAUGUGACUAAGGGGACCCCCUAGUCACCUGAUCUUCAGCCCGGGUCAACCCAUAGCUUGACAACUUGCUAUAGUCAUCAAAGGCCCAUUAUGUGUUGUAUUUGUCGAUAACCAUGUUUCACAUUUAUUGGGCUUUAUAUAGAUUUAGUGUGGGCUUUUUGGCCAGGCUUACUCCGAUACAUGCUCGCUUAUUGUGUUCUUCUCUGCCCUGCUGACCUACUCUGAGUCACGAUUCACAACGCGGCCUGCUAAAACCCUUCGGCUGCGGCCAUCCUCGUCGCAUCCCCGCCAUCUCCCGGCCUAGCGUACCAUCUCCGCUGUGUCACUGAACCGAAGAGCAGUCGAAGAUGGGAGGAUCGAGGAGAAAACUGAAGAGGUCUCGGCAGAAGGUGCGCGUCGGACUUCCGAAGAAGAAUCCCAACUUGUUCAAGCCCGCUUUCAGCCUCCCUCCAAAGCUCCGCUCUCUUGCCGCCGCCGCCGGCGACGACUACAACUUCAAGUGGGACGACAAGGCCAGCGUCAUCAAGAACUACAAGUCCUUCGGCGUUGUUUCCAACCCUAACCUGCUUAGCGUCCGGUCCCGCACUGCUCAUAUCCUAGAGGCGCAAUCGCUUCAAGCACCUCCCGCUCAACGCGACGCUCCUCUUGACGAGUUCGAGCCCUUGGACUCUGGCAGCGACCUUGAAGAAGAUGAUCUGAAAUCGGCUCUUGGGAAGCAAAGGAGAGAUGGGAAAGGCGCCCCUUUGCAGCCUUUGACCAGCAUGCAAAGAUAUCAUAUUGGUCGGCUAGUUGAGAAAUAUGGAGACGAUUACCAGAAGAUGUUUAUGGACUCGAAACUGAACGCGAUGCAGCAUUCGGUUGCAACUCUUGAGAAACUGUGCAAGAGAUAUCACAUGUACAAGGACAGAAAUCCCUUGAUCGUAUCUUAGGUGUGAGGCAAAUUGAUUAGAGAUAUGUAUGAAACUGGUUGAUUUAGUAUACUCUGUUAUUAAAUCCACAUGUAUCUCCUUUUAUUUUGUUUGUUGAGUUUUGAUUAAUGCAAAACACAAUGUUGGAAUCUCCUUAUAUUCUCCAACAAGUGAUCAACUUUCACGCCAAAGAAAAGUAAUAUACCUUUGGUUUAGCACGAUUCUAAGCUCUUCCAAGUGCACAGCAGCUUGGAAAUUUCCAGUCUGCAUCCACGUAAAGAUGAGCUAGAUAUCAGAGCAUAAAAUCUUAAACAGGUG